GACAGGAAACAGCCACUUCUCAGAAUGAGACAAGGCUUUCCCAGAGCGGUCAUUGGCUCCUGGGAACUAUAAAGCACGCUCAUCCAGAAACGGCCACCUACUUUUCUUCCUGGAGGCCAGAGUGAAGGGGCAUGGAGAGGCUGGCGGCCUGGGAGCCGCAGGGCGUGGAUGCGCUGCGGCGCUUCCAAGGACUGCUGCUGGACCGCCGCGGCAGGCUGCACGGCCAAGUGCUGCGCCUGCGCGAAGUGGCCCGGAGGCUGGAGCGUCUACGCCGGCGCUCCCUGGCGGCCAACGUGGCCGGCAGCUCUCUGAGCGCCGCGGGCGCCAUGGCCGCCAUCGUGGGGCUGUCACUCAGCCCGGUCACCCUGGGGGCCUCGCUCGUGGCCUCGGCCGUGGGCCUAGGGGUGGCCACCGCCGGAGGGGCGGUCACCAUCACGUCCGACCUCUCUCUGAUCUUCUGCAAUUCCCGGGAGGUGCGGAGGGUGCAGGAGAUCGCCGCCACCUGUCAGGACCAGAUGCGCGAGCUCCUGAGCUGCUUGGAGUUCUUCUGUCAGUGGCAGGGCCGCGGGGACCGCCAGCUGCUGCAGAGCGGGAGGGACGCCUCCAUGGCCCUUUACAACUCUGUGUACUUCAUCGUCUUCUUCGGCUCACGGGGCUUCCUCAUCCCCAGGCGUGCCGAGGGGGCCACCAAAGUCAGCCAGGCCGUGCUGAAGGCCAAGAUUCAGAAACUGUCUGAGAGCCUGGAGUCCUGCACCGGCGCCCUGGAUGAGUUUAGUGAGCAGCUGGAGUCCCGGGUCCGGCUCUGCAGCAAGGCCGGCCGCGGCCACAACCUCAGAAUCUCCGCUGAUCAGGAUGCCGCGUUGUUUUUCUAAGAACAUCCUUUACCUACAUGGGAUGUUCUAGAUCUGUAGCAUCCACGGGGAAGCGCCACAUGGGUGGAGUGCAAAGGAUGACAGACACUGUUCUUAUGGGAUGUUGGUCCUCAACUCCUUGCGUGUGAGGGACUUUUUCACUUGUGGAAUCCCAAUGGAGUAUGUGACCCUAAACCACCCACUUUGAUGGUGGGGGGCAAAAAUCCUUUUUGACCGCACACAGCUAGGCGGACUCUCCCUUUUUAGAGUUAUGGGGGAGGGGACCUUGAUGGUUUGAGCUGGGGUCUGGAGAGGUGUCCUCCUCUGGGACCUCUGUAAGUUCUUACUAGAAUCCUGAGAUUCUCAAAAGAUUGGCCAGAGGAGACAUUUGCUUUACAACUUAGCUUCUACAGUUCCUGAUACACAGAACUCCAGAAUCCCAAACAAGAAAGACCCGCACUUGUCUUGGUGAGGAUUGUAGACACAGACUGGGCCUCGGAGCUGACUCGGUCAGUUUAUCCAUUCACAGACCCUGCCUGAGUAUUGCAUAGACUUUUUUUUUCUCAGAGUGGCUUCACAUCUACACCUGCAGGUACCCCGAGAAGGAAAGCCACCCCAAAAGAGUCACUUGAAUUCAAACCCACCUCCUCUGCUUCCACAAAGAAGCUGAGGGGGAAAUGAAGCCCCUAACAAUUUCCAUGGCUGACCUGGUAGCAUAGAGCCGAGAGCAAUGGCCUUUGAGUUAAACAGUCCUGGAGCUAUUACAGGGUUUGUCACUAUGGUGUGACUUAGCCACCUCACCUUGUUGAGACUUGGUUUGUUCAGUGGAACAUGGAUAGGGGGGUAAGAGCUCACCCUACUGUGAAGCCUUGAAACAAGAAUGACAAGCAGAGUCUAGGUCACAAAAUGUGGUUUCCGGCCUGGCUCCUGGCUAUCACCUGGGAGCUUGUUGGAAAGGUAAACUGUUGGGCUUCAACAUAAAUGUUUCAGAUUUAUGAAAUCAGAAACUGUAGAUAUGAGACCCAUCACUGCCUCAUUCUAAUGACCCAUAACAUUUGAAAAUUGUGGCAAGAAAUAUUCAUUUCUAGCCAGGUGUGGUGGUAUAUACCUGUAAGCUUAGCACUUGGAGAUGGAGGCGGUGGACCAGAACUUCAGGGUCAUCCUUGGCUACAUAGUAAACUCAAGGCCGCCCAGGAUUAUAGGACUCUGAUCUCAAAAACCAAAACCAAACCAAACCAGCAAAAAGCUAACCUGACUCCCUUUAAUAGAUUUUUUCAAAGUCUCUCCAGGGACUUGUGAUCUUCAGAAUCAUUCACAGAAAGCCCAGGACAGACUGGCCCAGAAGCUAAAUAAAGACUAUGCUGUGUGCACAUAAAGCCAGUUACUCUGUCCCCUAUGAACUAGGAGAUGGUACACCACAGGCCUGUAGAGGGCAGUGUGGCCCGUUCCUUGUAGAAACUGGUACAGAAAGGAAUGUGAACUUCACCAGAACAACCCAUUUUUCUCUAGUCUCUGAAAACUCUAGACGACAUAACUUUAUUUAUUUAAAAUGUGUUAUUUAAUUACUGCCUAUUAUUUACAUUUGAUUUUAUUUAACCAUCACAUUUAGAAAAUAAUAAGAAUAGUAAAUGUCUGAAUGGGAGUCUCUUGUGGCUCUUUUCAAGAUGUCAAGUUUGAAUUUCUAGUCUUUUUCCCUUUGAGGGGAUUCUCUCCUCUAGUGUUUUACAUGAUCCUUGUAAGUAAGAUGGGGGAGUCCUGAAUAGAGAGACUAAGCUGAUUUUUAAACUGGGAAAUGGAGUCUUGAAUUAUGGAUUAUAUGGAUGAUUAAGCCUAUGUGUCCUGAAGGUACUUUGCCAGAGCACAACACUUGACUUGAAAAGAAACCCUGGAAUUUAGUUCAGGGAUAGGGGAGCAAAUAGAGACGUGUGAAGGAAGCGUUUAGACCUUGGGAGCCUGAUGUCCUAUGAAAUUCUGUCCUAUAAGAUUGUGUGAUGGUAGAGAUACGUUGCAUUUUUGACUCUGGGGGCUUAAGAACCUGUUAACUAUGUUUAAGAAAGUACUUCUAAUUUAUUCAAUGUCUUCCUAAAUUAUCCUAAAAAAAUAAGCUGGAAAGUCUUUGGGACCAUACCCAAGAAACCUUGGUUGUAUUUUUAAAUUAUUUAAUGUUAUACAUUUGUACAACUCCUAUGCUUCCCAAUGAUGGCCAUGUGUCGGAGGGGAAACAAUUUUGGCAUGAGGGGGAGGGGCUGCUGUUUCUAUAUUUGUUUUCUUCUCCUAUAAAUUGUAAUUGAGCCAUAUCUUGGUUUAAUUUGACAUUGAUUCUUUUUUUUUUCCCGGGGGCGGGGGAGAUACUGUCUGGGAUUAAAAGAGUAUGCCACCAUGCCUA